CCGCCUCCAUGAUUUGAGAAGCCAGAGAAAAUUUCAAUGUUUUUCUUGCUCUCCUACCUAACUAAAGCAUUGUUUUGAACCGGAUCUGGUUUCAAAAGAAAGAGUAAUUUAUAUAGAAAAUGAAUAUGUCUACUUCGAAGGAAUCUGAUGGAGCAUCAAGUGGCCCCACAACAAAAACUGUCAGUGAUGGUCGACGAAAGAUGUUGCGGAUCAGUGCUGGUGCUUUGUGUAGUGAGAUUGGCUUUGGCACUAUUGAAAACAGUGCCCUAGAAACAUUAACUGAAGCCAUGCAGAGUUACAUAGUUGAGUUAGCGAGGAGCAGUAAAGCCUAUGCUGAACUUGCGUGUCGGACGAAACCGAUGUACGGAGACGUUUUGAUGGCGCAAAUUGAUAUGGGGUGCAAUGUCCGUUCGUUGUUGUCUUAUGCCAGAAGAACCAAUAAAACAGUGCUUCUCCCUCCUGCGCAUAAGGUGGAUCAUCCGCCACAUAAGUCAUUACAAACUGGUGACAAGAGACCUCAUCCAGGAUAUGUUCCAGAAUAUUUGCCACCCUUGCCAGAUCCUCAUUCCUACAUUACGACGGACACUCAACGACAACCAGUUAACGAAUAUCAAAUUAUACGAGAAAAAGCAGCCUCGCAGAAACGGGAUGUAGAACGAGCCCUUACACGAUUCAUCGCUAAAACUGGGACUACUCAUAACCUGUUUAGAUCCGAGACGACGAGUUAUCCGUUGAUUGCAUGUUCGCCUUCUACCAUGCCCUACCUAUCAGCGCUCUUGCCCAAAGACUUUGAACUUGAUUCUUAUGAUUCGGAAAAAAAGGAGAAAGACAAGAAGGCGAUGGGGACAGGUGGUGACAGUAACAAUGAAGCCGAGGUUGAUAAUCCAUACCUGCGGCCGAUCAGAUUGCCAAGGUCCAGAGUAAAGAAGAAAUAUUACUGACAUUUUGGGGGUAUUCGGUGCCUGGUGUUAGACCACAUCACAAUUUCCUCGUGGACCUUCUCUUACACACAUAUGUGAUCCAUCACAGCAAAUCCAGGCACAUGGCGCUCUGAGCUUGGCAGGUUGAGACGGAUUGGUUGUCCAUUUCACUGUUGUCUGCCUUUUGUGAAAUCUGAGUACAUCAAUUUCUUCCAUUAUUUUCUUGUGUCAGACUCAUCUUCUGUGCAACAUGUGCUUUGUUUUGCUGUGACAUGGCACAUAUAAGCUGCAUUUAAUACCCGAAUUAGUGUGGAAAGUACAGAUUGGACAAUAGAGUUGAAAUUUGUACUAUAGGAGUUUGAACUUUUGUAUUUUGCCUCUGGAAAUCUUUGCAGCGCCCUCUGACAAUGUUAGCUGUAAAGUGAACCUUGAACUAAAAACGGACCAAUGAACAUUAUUCGAAAGACAAUAGUUCGUAUGUUGAUUUACAGGCAGAUGUUCUGCAGCUUUCCAUAAAAGUUGGUCCAAUCUAUUUUGACCUAAAAGCUAAUAUUAUGAUGUACUAUUGAUAUAUCAGAAAAGAAAAAAUCAAAUUACAAAAAAACGACUUGUUAGGUGCUGGAGGCAUGGACAUCUUGAUC